AGAUGUGACAAUUAAGCGGUGAAGGAUCGUGUUGGUUGCCAUGGCUACCCUCUGUUACAAGUGUUCACAACGAAAAGCGGUGGUGGACGCUAAGUUGCGUGCUAGAUGUGGGGGGACAGUUAGUACUGACGCUGAGACUGUGGAGUUUGAAGCGUACCUGUACCAACAAAGCCCGCUCUGUAUCAGAUGUUCCGUGCUAGUAUCCGGUAUGUCACGUGACACCGGCAGGGAGUGAGGAGAGUGAGGGAAUGUCCUCCAAAUCACGACAGUCUAAAGCCUGCACGCUGGCCCUGAUAGCGUUUACCCUGAUAUUGACCACUGUACUGAUUCUCAUCUGUAUCUUUUACCAGACCUUUAUCGUUAAUUUGACGUUAUCAGCGACAGCGAUACAAAGUCACUCCAGUUCCUUCGUCAGCGAAGUUACCAAACUAUCACGUGACGUCAUCAACAAGAGCUAUGACAUCAUAGCAACCACACUGAAUAAUACAAGUGUUUACUCGUUCCUAGAAAUAAGCGAGGAGCUGUAUCCGGCUGAUAUUGAUGGAACGAUAUACACUAUCGUUUUAGUCAUUCAGAUAACUACGGUAGUGUUGAGACAGCACCACUUACAUAGCAUAGUCCUAAGCUUACUCUCUUAUACUGUCUACAAGUUCUCUUAUCUUGCUCCAGGAGUAUACCAUUUGUAUUACAAAGUUCUGAGAUACUGUUUACUUGCCUUAUCUGUGCUGCUAGUUUUCACUACAAAGACCACUGUUGUUACUGUUUCACAGCGAAAAAAUACGCCGAAACCUGUCAUCAAAGUGAGAAGAUCUCCAAAAAAGAGAGAAUCUUCUCCUCUAGCACCAAGCUCGGCCAUGUUCUCCGAGGACGAGGACUCGAAACCAACAAGCAGAGCUGGCGAGUCUCCAGCCAAUCUCAGCCUCCUUUUCAACUCACCAGCCAAUCAGAGUGGAGUAUUUGGGUCACGUGGUACCCUCACAGCCAAUCAGCCCCCAGGAACACCGCUGAAAGAUGUCAGCAACAAGUUUGAUUUCAUGAAGAUAUCAGGAUCUCCUGUAAAGUGUCGUCCCACUAAACACUCAGCAGAAAGGACACCAAAUACUACAAGACGACAUGUGGCGUGUCUUAAGCCUGCUAGAUUUUCUUUGGAUAGACCAGCCGACUUACCACCUCAGGAGCAACCAGAUCCCUUAGAAGAUGUCAGGCCACGGUUUGACUCCACCUGCUCAGAGGAAGAAGAGAAAACGGAGGAGGAAGGGGUUAUUGUUAACGAUGCCCUCCCACUAAAACCAAUAAUCCUGGUCCUGGUGGUCUCAGUUGUUACGAACUACUAUUUAUUUGUGAACUAUGUCUUGGUAUCCUGACAGUUGUACAAAAAGAGGAUCGAGUCAAUUCUUUCAUUUUGGAUGGAGUUGACGGAACUCAUUUAUUGACGUAUAAAAGUAAAUUUCCAUCGAAAUUUACUUUUUGUAUAUUUUUUAUUGCAUGGCUCCGAAAAAGUGCUUAAUUCCAAUUCCAUACACCAAAUUCAGCAGAUUUUCAACUUUUCAACAUUUUCACGAUUUUCCGGAUUUUUUACAUGAUUGGUGUGGACUGGGAUGACAAUCUAUCAACGAUUAUCUAAAGACGGAAAUGACAUUUAAAAGUUAUAGGACGUUAUUUGACCGAACAUAGCGUGAUCAACGGUCAUAAUUUUGAACGGACAUAAAAAUGAACGCUCGAAGGCAUUCAUGAUCAGUAUUUAAUUUAACUACUUUAUCGGACUUAAUUAGAACGGACAUUAAAAUGAACGCUAGGACCUCCAGCGUCCAAGUCCAACUAUUGUCCGUUCAAAUAAAGUCCGCUAAAAUAAACUGUAUGAGAGCAAUGUUUGAUCGGUAAAAUUAGCAAGAAAACUAAAAAGUUAAGUAGAUCAAAAAAGGACAAACUACUGAAGCGACGAUAAAUCUCCGAGUCCAAUAUGGUUUAGGUUAUGAAACCCAAUAAUAGCAUACGGUGUGUAACGUAGAAGAUUACAAGCAAUUGUGUCCACAUUGAAAAUUGAAACCCAGCAGUGAUUUGAGGUAUAGUUAUACAAUUGUUGAGUUAUUGGGCAAAUACACCGACUUGAACCCCAGUACUAGCAGUGAUUUGUACGCUUUUCAUGUUCGAAUGUAUCUGUGACAGUAUUGUUGCUUUCGCUUCAAUUAAUAAAGCUACUGUAAAAAAUUUCACGAUUGUUACUCAAUGAGCCGGCUAUAACGACCACUUUUAAGUAGCCAUAAUUUGAUAGCAUCAUGUUUAUUAUAGACUGGCAGAUAGUUUUAAUUUUUAAUUUUAAUUUUCAACAGUUUUAACCUUAUUUUACUGCAGUUUUUGACGUAUAAAUAAUUAAUGGCUUAGUCUGCAGGUUCCGACACAAACUCGAUCUUAGCACCAUUUUAUAUGUUAUUUGUUUUAAUUCCGUUUGAUCUACUUAUUGGAUAAAUAAAUGAGUUUUAAUUUUAUUGUCAUCUCGUGUGCCGUGGGGGAUUUUGUUAAAAUUAACUGUUAAAGCAUUUAGGAAUAUUGGCAAAAAUAUUGAUAAACGAUUUAUUGUUUUCAGAAACAAAUGAUUGUUUGAGAGUUGAGACUUCA